CAUGGUUUUCUUUUAAUUAACUACUUCUUCAUCUACGAUGGACACUAACAUUACCAGUAUCGUUUUGCACACUUGAAAGGAGUAAUUUGAGUAUUGCUUUGUUCAUUGACCCAUGUAACUGUUAUCACUAAGGUUUCUCGAAUAUAUAAAAAACGAAUUUUGUUAUAGAUUGCUACUAGUGUGUAUUAGUUUAUCUUACAUAUGGUGUUAUAAACCGAAGGUUGUACCGUUGUAAAAUAUUGCGGACACUCCGCACUCUUGACCACGACGCUAUUAUGAAUUGUGUUAUGUUGCUACUAUCUAGCUAGAUCAAUUCAGGUCAAUGUUUCCCGUUGAAACAAAGUCUAUUAAUCGUGAUUUAUAAUAAGAUCAUAUAAUUGAAUACUGAAGUAUGCUAUCUAGUAUAUAAAUAGAGAGUCGACUCACAAAAGCUAGCAUGGAGUGUACGUAAUACAUAAGAGCAUGAUUAACCCGACCUCUUAAGUGGGUUCUUAACAGGUGGGUCCCACAAUUUUUUUUAAAACUAGCUCUUCUUUCUUUUCUGCAAGAGGCAAGGUUGGUAGGGUUCUUGCACUGUUCGCGGCCCUACUGACACGUGGCGGCCCGCGAUUGGUUCGUUUUUAGCUUAAAAAAAAUAAGAACCCAAAUGGGGUUUUAAGGGUUAAUAGUGCUCUAAGGCCAGGUGAUUUUAGUGCAGCUAGGAAUGGAAUGCUGUUGGAUUUUCAUAAAAUGGCAGUUCACAUAUUUUUAUUUUUUUAAAAAGUAUUUAUUUUUAUAGUAAAAAAAAGAAUGAAUUCAUUACGUAAUUGAUGGUAGCAUGGAACCCUAAUCACGGGCGUUACCACUAGUUUACAUAAUAAUUGCUUAUCUAUAGAAAUAUAUUUAUUAGAGAGAGAAAGCCCUAGAUUCUUAGCCUGGAAGAAUGAUGAUGAAGAGGAUAUGCGACCUUCCACCGAAACUGGUAGGGGCGAAGAUACUGAGCAAGGUUCCGAUAACAUCUCUGGGACAAGUGCGAUCCACUUGCAAACUAUGGGACCGUUUAACCAGAGAUUGGAUUGUGGGUAAGGAAGCAGCGGCAAAGGCAAGGCAGCAUCAAUUUUUGGGUUUCGUUACGGUGGAUUUCAAGGUUUGUUCAUUGAGAUUCCGCAAGGAAGAAUAAGAUCUAUCUAUAAAGCAGGUAGGUUUACUUAACCAAUACGAGGUUAGGAAAGUUUUUCAUUGCGACGGGUUAUUGUUAUGCUUGAGGACGACAAGUCGAAGCUCUUAGCGUGGAACCCUUAUUUGGGGCAAACAAGGUCCAUCAGUCCCAGAACGGGGGAUGAUUUCCACGCUCUAGACACUUAUCUCUUUGGGUACGACAUGAACCGUAACCACAAGAUGUUGAGGUUUUACGGUUUAUUGUUUGAGAUGUACGAAUUUAGCUCUAAUUCAUGGAGGGUUCUUGAUGUCACACUCCCCGACAGCUGGGAAAUAAAAUACGGAGGUCACCUCAUCGUGUCUUUCAAGGGAAAUGCUUAUUUUCUGGCUGGGGAGAUUACGACGGAUGAUGUUGAAAAAGAUGUUAUCCUAUGUUUUGAUUUUACAACAGAGACGUUUGGACUACCUCUGGUUGUUCCGUUUCUCUCUUUGCGUGAAGAAGCUGUGACCCUCUCAUCGGUUAGAGACCAAAAGCUAGCCCUGCUACAUCAGAAAGGUCAAGGAAUCAUCGAGGCCUUGGAGAUUUGGAUUACGUCUGAGGAGGGGCCCUUCUUCAACGCUGCUCAUGCUGUGACCUGGAGCAAGUUCAUGAACGUGGAUAUGAGACCUCUAAUUGGUGAUCGUUACGUCCGGUUUGGCGAGGAAUUUGCGAGCUUCUUCAUCAUUGAGGAAGAGAAAGUCGCUGUGGUUUUCGAUAUGGAGGGGUAUGAGUUCUGUUUUGAACUUAUCAGGACCGAUCAUUACCACACUGCUUUUAUCAUCGGAGACGACGACGAGGGAUACUAUAAAACUGUGAGUCUUGGAGUAGCUCCUAAUCUCUGGAAACCCCGACCUGGCCAUACAGGAGGAUAUUAUCCUAGAGGAUAUGUUCCUCAGUGGUAUUGUCCCCCAUUUGUCUGCUCAUCUUCUUAUCUCCCAAGUUUGGUGCAGCUCAACAACCAACCGCGCAAAAGGAAAGAAAUAGAUGAAUAAUACUAGAUUCGUUCCAUUUUCUUUGCAAAAUGGUCAAUCAUGGCUUCUGUUUAUCACUAAUAAGUUAUAAUAACUAAGGAUUUUAAGUUCCAUUUCGCUAUUAUUUGUCAGAUUGGCUUUUAAACAUAUCAGCUUUUUAUUAAUUAGUUUUUCGAGCUUCUUUGCUUCUCUUUAUCUCUAUAAACACAUGUGCAUUGGUUUUGAGUUUCUAUAUAUUCUCUCCACAAUCCAAGUGCCUGUUAUAUGUGAACCUCAAUAGUACGUACACAUGUAAAACUUGUACGUUCGGAAGGUGGUUCGUGGCAACAGUUAAGCUUCAAGACUAGUUAAGACCACCUCCAUCGGUGGUGUCUUAAAAGAGUUUUUAAGGAAAAGCGGGAAAAAAAUAAAUGGAAAAAAAAUAGAAAUCAGAGAACCGGUGUUAAAUGUGGGAUUUUUAGGAUUGGUAAGAACCUUUACGUGUCACUAUCUUAAUGGGCCUCACGUUUAUCUCUCUCUCUCUCUUUCGUCGGGUUUCUUCGCCGAAAUCGACUUUCUCUCUUCCUCGAUCAAUCGACUUUGUCUCUCAAUUCUGUCUCUCAAUUCUGUCUCGAUCACCUUUUUUUUGGAAUGAAUUCUGUCUCGAUUCUAGUGCUGUUCGUUUAGUUGCCGCAGCUACCUGCGUCUGCGGCUGCGGCAAUGUUUUGAAAAAAUCGUGUUCGUUUGGUUGACGCAGGAAGCUGCGUCUGACGCUGCGUCCGAACGCCGCGUCCUGCGGCUGACGACGAUAAAGCCCGCGGCUGCGACGUAAAUUAUGCGGCCGAUAACGUAAUUUACUAUUUUUCCCUUAAUAUGUUUCAGUAUUUACAAAAAUACCUAACCUAGAUUGACGCAGCCGCAUCUUGUUUUCCAAAUUGACGCAACCUUGGUCGAUCUCUCUCCAUCUCCAUCUCAGGCAGACCUCGAGCUCUCUCAUCUCCAUCUCCGACACAGACCUCGAGCUCUCUCAUCUCCAUCUCACACAGCCACGAGCUCUCUCAUCUCCAUCUCCAUCUUCGACGUAGACCCUGAGCUCUCUCAUCUCCAUCUCAGACGCAUACCUCGAGCUCUCUCCUCUCUGACGCAGCACGAGCUCUCUCUUCUCCUCCGAUUUGGGUUUCAAGCAUAGUUGAGCUAUUGGAAAGAAGUGCUUGAAGAGAGGCGUAAAAUCAACUGGGUGCUUGCAAAAACCUUGUGACUAGAGCUUGUCUGGACUGUUGACUGGUGGGCAGGAGUAAAGGACUCUUUCUGCCUGCUGUUGUAAGGCCUAUAUUCACUUGAGGCUUCCAAACAAGUUAAAGCCCCUCCUUUUUAUAUACUUUGUGUUUGCAAAUUUUCUUCGUUUGUUUUUACGUUUCCAAGUUCUGUAUUUUUGUUGUUGUGUGUUGUACAUAACACUUAUCUCCAUGCUUUUGCUUCUCCUCGCUUUGCUUCUUAUUCUUGUGAUUUUACUUGUUCAUUUAUGUCUCCCUGUAAAUUUAUAUGCUUUCCCUCAUGUACUAUCACGUUUUAUUGCUUUCAAAAGCAAGGAUUGGGCAUAAGAUUGACUUGUUAGUCAGCCCAUUGUUUAGUACUUGGUUAUGUCUAGCCAAAACUAAAUCCUUCAAGUGGUUUUUUGCAGGUUAUUGCAGGUGUCACUGGGAAGAAACAGAGCUAAAUACAUGCAAUGACUUUCCCCUGUUUUCUUACAUUCAGAUUCCUUCUUUGUCUUUUAACUCUUUCUAUUCACAAAUGAAAUAAGCUAGACCUCAUGUUGUUUUUUUACAUAAAGGCAUGCGUGUAAAGUACACUCUGUUCAUCCUUUUUAUCACAUGUAUUCGGUUCUUAAUGACAAAUCUAAAAGCUUUAAACU